CUUUAUCACUAUCGUGUAUUUCAGAGAUUUGAGAAAUACUCGUUUCGGCGUUUUAUUGUAGAGCCAGAUAAUGACGUGUCAUUGACGGGCAGUGCGUUGUUGACGGUGUAAAACUUCGUCCACGUGCUCGCCUCUGUUUACACUGCAACGUCCUGACGUCAGAGCCAACCCCACCCCAGCGUACGUCGGACUGCCUGCAACAUGAUAGAGGGAGCAGGAAGAACCGCUGCAGCCAAGGGAACAACCUGCUGAACUACAGGACUUAAAAAAGUGCCAGAACUAUCGCUUAGAGGUACAAUGGAGGAUGCAGAGCAAGGUCCCCAGCAGCUUCCUGACUCAAUCCCAGAGGUGGGAGAAGAUGCAGUGACAUCCGUAGAUCCUACUCCUCCUCCUCCCCCUGCCAUGACAGAGGAGGAGCGGCAGGAGCUACAAGAAGAGCUGGUCAAGGUUGAGGACGAGAUCCAGACUCUGUCGCAGGUGCUUGCAGCUAAAGAGAAGCAGCUGGCGGACAUAAAGAGGAAGCUGGGCAUCACACCUCUCAAUGAGCUCAAACAAAACAUCACCAAAACCUGGCAGGAGGUCACUGGCUCCACUGCCUAUAGGAGGACUUCUGAAACACUGUCUCAGGCCAGUCUGAAGGCCACUGCAGCGUUCUCCAAUGUGGGCUCCGCCAUCAGCAGGAAGCUGGAGGACGUCAGCAUGCGCUCAUUACAACACUCAGCUAGUAUGCCUGUCAUGAGGAACGCACCAACUUUCAAGUCAUUUGAGGGGAGAGUGGAGACUCUGAAGACUAAGAUGAGUCCAUCAACACCCACCUCCCCCACCACCACUGACCCUGGGGACCAGUUUAGCGACACUCCCUCCACCACCACCACCACCACUCAGCCUGAAGACUCACCCAUCCCAGAGACACAGAUGAACUAAGCCCCCCCUCCCUCCUGACCUCCUGACCUCUAUCCCAACCCCUCCCCACUUGACCCUCUAACCCCUCGGACUGUCAGCACUUGCCCCUAAACUUUUGUGCGCCAGUCUCUCUUUAUUGAAAGCAAAUGACUUACCCCAGCCUUCUUUGUGAUCUAAUUGUCUGGUCUCUUUUUCUGACACGUGCGCUCACUUGUUAACUGGUGUGGAAACUGAAAGCGUCAGCUGGGGGGGCAGUGGACUUGGGGUCUUGUGCUGUUAAUUUAUGUUGGAGUCUUUUUCUGUCUCUCUGAAGGAGAAAUCCUCCCUGCUUUAUGGCUUUCUUCCUCCUCCUGCACUCCUCUCUCCUCUACCUUUGUCUUAACCAGCAGAUGCCAAACAUGCCCCUUGUUUACUUUGUCUAUGUUAAAUUAACUCAGUUUGACAUUUUGUGUUUGUUCGAAUGUAAAAUUGCACAAAUUUAAAAAGAUUUACCUACUUGAUUAGCGGAGGAUUUACUCUUACAGCCUGGCAGUUUUUCUUUCUGCUUCUGCAUGGCCCUUUCAAUAUAUGUAGGAGUUAUUAUUAUUAUUAGCGCUUGUUUUGUUUUUGCCUCCAUCUUCAGGGCUUUCUUUGUUUACCAUGGGUUACUAUUUAAGGGCCAAUCUAAUUCCUGUUCUGUUCUUCAUUACAUACAAUUUAGGUCACAACAAGACAAUAAAGUAGUCUAACACUGUGUUCAGGAUAUGAAUGUACACCAUUUUUUGUCAUAUUACGUUAGAUAUAAACUUAAACAAGUUGUCUCUGGCUACUGAUGUGGAGUCACACCCACAGCAGGAGACUCCAAACGUGGUGUUUCCAAACACCACACAAUAAAAGCUUUUCUCCAUUGUUACAA